AUGCGGCGUGGACGCGAGACGCUGCUCACGUUGCUCGAGGCGUUCGUGUACGACCCGCUGGUGGAGUGGGGCGGAGGCAGGCGACGUCGCGGCACGAGGCACGUGCGCGCCGCACGCGCCAUGCUCGCCGUCAGACAAACUCCGAUCGAUGGAGACAUAUGUCAUUUACUGUUUGUUCACUUUUACAGCGAUCGACUCGUCGCUUUGUUACCUGAAGUUCAGCAGUGCGCCGACAAGUGGCUCGAAGAGAACGAUAAGUUAAACGCGAUCGAAACGAAGCUCCAAGAGUGCCAUCAACAGAUGGCUUUGAUAAAGGAAAUAGAGUCAUACGGCAACCACCUCAGCGGUCAUCCUUUGUAUGCGAUAUCACAGAAGUACACUUCCUACAAACAGGCUAAGAAUGCAGUGGAAGAUUCUAUGAAGGUUCUUGUCAAAAUACUCAACGAUUUUGACACUCAAAUUGAAAAUUUCGUGACGACGAACGAAGUUCUAAAUGGCCCCCAGUUAAUGGCGUGGGUGCAGGAAUUCUCGGGAUCCAACGAAGAUGACGAGAGACCUAUUUUCGACCAUAUUCAGGAAUUCCUUACUAACGCCGGUCAAGGCUCCAUGCUGACCCAGUGUGAGCAGGCCGAGACCGAAUUGAACCAGAGCAUGCAACAGACAAACAUUCUCAUUCGAUCAUGUCUAGAGCUCCUAUCUCAGUACGUAGCGGUAUCGCAGUAUUAUCCGCAGAGUCAAACAGAGUACCAUCGCAUUGCCACGUUCCGUAAGUUUCUGGCCGCGGCGUUAGAGAGCAAAUCCCCGGAGGUCUGCCGCGACGUCGCCAACCAAGUGACUGCCAUGGUCAACGCGGAGAACACCUGCGGCGACUCUCAACAAAUAAUAGCAUUUAAUUACCGCCUGCAACAGUUGAACGCGGAGGCGAACGUCCACCUCAACAAAUGUCUCGAAAGAUUACAGGUGGAAGGUGGCCCAGACGCAAUCGUCAUAGCGCAGGAAGCUUACAAAGAAGCGAAAAAUAAUAUCAGCAAUUGGGUGAGAACCGAGGAAGGAGCCGCGGGAAUUUUGGAGAGCGUGGUCAUCGGGAUGUUGUGCAAUUUGAAUAGGAGAUAUUUGAUGCUCGAAAACGGCGCCCAGAGCGCCGGGGACUGUCUCGUGGACUUGACUUCUCGAGAAGGAGAGUGGUUCUUGGACGACAUGAGCGCCCUGUCUAUGCAGGCGGUGGAGCUGCUGUCUCUGCUGCCCUUGCAGUCGGCGGCGGUCGAAGACGCCGCGAUGCCAGUGGCGGUCGAAUGCGUCAGAAACGCAAACCUAUUGUUGGCCGAUUUAGUGCAGUUGAAUUAUAAUUUUAGCACGAUUAUUCUGCCGGAAGCCCUAAAAAAGGUCCACUCGGAGGACUCGUCGGCGCUGCACGUGAUCACCGAGCUGAACGCCGUCAUAAUGAACUCACAAGUUCCGUUAAAUGAGAUACUGGCUCAGCUAGAAUUGCACUUCCGAUAUUUGCUGAUGGACAUGGAGUCGCCGGCGCCGGGAGCUCAGCUGCUAGCGGCGGAAUUGCGCGCUAGAUACGAGGCCCUCCUUUCGACGACGGCCGAGGAGGGCCAGAGCGGCGGUCGAAUGUUGCUAAUGGGUUUCAACGGGCUCUUCGCCGCCGUCGAGCUGCGCGGCCGCGAGCUCGCUGACCACCUCGACUCGCCCGUGCCGCCCGCCUGGAGGAAGAUAGACCACGUAGACGACGCGCUGCGCAUGUCGGCGGCGAUGCAACGCGGGACGCUGCGGGCCGUGUUGGAAGACAUGUUCCUGGUGCGGCGAGUGCAGACUGUGGCCGAGGUGUUCGCCAUGUGCGUGCAGGUGGCCCGCGCCGCCCGAGGGGGGCCCGUCGCCGGCCCUUCUCCUCCGCCCUACGACGAUGCGGCACUCGCCAAACCCGUCGGGCGCUACGUCGCCGAGUACGUGUCACGUUGCGUGCUGGGCGUGCCGUCGCGGGCGUUGGCCUCCGUGCUGUGUCUGCUGCUGCGCCGCGCCCGCCUCGACAUCGGUGCCGAAGUCGAACAGAAGGAGAUCGGGGCCUCGUGGAGCGUAUCUCUAGAGUCGCUGUGCGAGAAGGUGUGUCGCGCGGGAAGCGAGCGCGGUGCUAGUCUGGCGGGCGGCGUGGUGGCGGCGCGGGCCCGCCUGAGCCGCGCUGCGGCCGCCGUCCGCGUCGCCGAUCGCGCCCGAGCCGCCGCCAGGGCGCUGCGCCUCAGGACCGCCGCUCACGCGCACUUACACGCUGAGGUGCUGAACGGGAGCCAGGAGUCGAGCGCGGCGCUGGCAAGGCGUUCGCGAGAGCUCUCGGUAGCCGAGGAACGGCUGGCGAGCGCCGCGGGACGCGCACGCAGUCUCGUGCAGUCGGCGCAUCAGCGCGUCAAGUGGGGCGCGGGCGCCAACCCGGCUCUGCGCGGCGUGGUGCGGGGGCUGGAGAGCGCGUGGGGCUUCCGCGAGGAGAGAGCGCGACGACUGUCGAGCGCCGCCUCGGCCCUCGCGCGCCACGCCCGCGCCGCAGCCGCCCUAGGCGCGCCUCCGGCCGCCCGAGCCCAGCGAACGCAGCGGGCUGCGCGCACGCUGCGCACCGCACUCGCUCAUUGGGAGAAGGCCUGCGCCCUGACGCAGAAGUACUCGUUGGCGGUGACGCCGCUCGAGGAGUCGCUCAUGGAGAUGCUGCACCCCGAGGGAAACAUCGACGCGCACUGGGUGGAGACGGUAUCGGCGCUGGUGCGCGAGAUGACGCAGAGUGUCGGCGGAGACGCGACUCGAGCGCGAGCGCAGGAGGCGGCGGCGUCGCAGGCCCUGAGGCGCGCCGCCGACGCCGUCGCUUCGCCGGCCGCCGUCCGCGCCGCCCUGCUGCCCGAUCUGCUCGCGCCCCUGGCCGCCCUCGCGGAGGUGAGCUCCCUCUCGCGAGACGAGAGACUCGCUUUCGUUUCGCGAUUCUCAAUUCGGACUUCGUUCCAGAGCGAGAGUCCGGCCGCCGAGUUCCUCGAGAGGUGGCGCGCGGCGACGGAGCGGCUGAACGCGAUCGCGGCGGAGGCGGUCUCCCGGCGCCAGGUGGAGACGGCGUCGCGGAGCGCCCGCACGCUGAGGGACGACCUGCCCGCCCUGCUCGACGCGCUCGCAGAACUGCCGGCCAACCUGUCGGAGAGCGGCGCCGGGCGACCGGGUCGACGGCCAGCUUCGGCGGCGGCGCGGCCUCACGGCAGACACGCCGGCGAGCGCCGCAACUCCGUGGGGGCGGGCGUGUGGCGCCGCGUGCGCCUGAAGCUGGAGGGCCGCGACUCGCCCGCCUCCCAGGCGGCCAGGCGCGCCACGCCCGCCGAGCAGGUCGACUACAUCAUAGCGGAGGCGACGAGCGUCGAGAACCUGUGUCUCAUGUACGAGGGCUGGAUGGCCUGGGUGUGAAACGACGCCGGACGUCCGGCGGCGACGAGCGUCAAGAGUUAGACGUCAUCCGGGCGCGUCUGCGUCGCACGGCCCGAGCGCGCCCGGACCCCGGGACGGAGGAGACGACUCGACGCGAACCGACUUCGCGGUCGGAACCGAGAGGCUCUCGGCCGGCGGAGGCCGGGAGUGAGCUCCGAUAGUGUUAAAUGUUUUAAGCUUAAUCGUAAAUAACUGUAGCUCCGCGGGACCCGGACGAGCGGAGAGCGCGCUUCGAGCCUAGUCGGAAGGCCGGCGAAACGAGUAAUAACAAGCCAACACAGAUUUUAUCGUCUUUUCUCUUAAUCCUCUAUACGUUACAAUUUCGUUUAAUAUACAAUUUACAAUCGCUUGUUUAACCGAAACCUGGACCGUCGCCGACAGAGUGUUCGUAACGAAGCCGUCGCUCUCCGACCCUUGUUUGAAUGUUUGUAUCGCUUCAUUUCUAUUAACUUAUAAUAAAUGGUGUACGUUUA